CUCUUUUCUUCCACAGGCCAGUUCUCCUCCUGUGAUUGUAAAUACUGACACAUUAGAAGCACCAGCAUAUGUGAACGGUACAGAGGCAGAAAUGGAAUAUGAAGAGAUCACACUGGAGAGGGGUAACUCAGGAUUGGGGUUCAGCAUUGCAGGGGGUACAGAUAACCCACAUGUAGGAGAUGACCCCAGUAUCUUCAUCACAAAGAUCAUCCCUGGUGGAGCAGCGGCUCAGGAUGGCAGGCUCAGGGUGAAUGACAGCAUCCUGUUUGUGAAUGAGGUAGAUGUGCGGGAGGUGACACACAGCACUGCCGUGGAGGCUUUAAAGGAUGCCGGUUCCAUUGUCCGUCUUUAUGUCAUGCGCAGAAAACCAGCAUCUGAGAAGAUCAUUGAAAUCAAACUGAUCAAAGGGCCAAAAGGUCUCGGCUUCAGCAUUGCCGGUGGUGUUGGGAACCAGCACAUUCCUGGAGAUAACAGUAUAUAUGUGACGAAGAUUAUUGAGGGUGGAGCAGCACACAAGGAUUGCCGGCUUCAGAUUGGAGACAAAAUUCUAGCGGUGAAUCAUGUCAGUUUGGAGGAUGUGAUGCAUGAGGAUGCAGUGGCGGCUCUGAAGAACACAUCGGAUAUCGUCUACCUGAAAGUGGCCAAACCCACCAAUGUCUACCUGAACGAUUCUUACGCUCCGCCAGAUAUCACCACUUCCUACUCUCAGCAGCUGGACAGUGAUUUGUGUCACCCCAGUUACCUGGGCCCUGAGUAUGCACCAGUCAUGACACCAACUUCACCUCGAAGAUACUCCCCAAUUCCCAAGGAGCUAAUGGGAGAGGAGGAGGUGCCACGGGAACCACGGAGGAUUGUUAUACAUCGUGGAUCAACGGGUCUUCUAGGUUUUAAUAUUGUUGGCGGAGAAGACGGGGAAGGAAUUUUUAUCUCAUUCAUUUUGGCGGGAGGACCAGCUGAUCUGAGCGGAGCCCUGCGGAAAGGAGAUCAGAUCUUGUCUGUGAAUGGAGUAGAUCUGAGGAACGCAACACACGAACAAGCAGCACUCGCUCUGAAGAAUGCUGGACAGACCGUCACCAUCAUUGCACAAUACAAACCGGAAGAGUACAGCCGGUUUGAGGCCAAGAUCCAUGACCUGCGGGAGCAGCUGAUGAACAGCAGUCUGGGUUCAGGCAGCGCCUCAUUGCACAACACCAACGGCAACAAAGGGGAUUCUACAUCCGGUAAGUUGGGGGAGGAGCACAAUACACAUACUAAGAAAUACCAUGAAAAUGAUGUCUACUGCCAAUAG